CUAUUUAUAAGUGGAAUCACAUUUUUAAGAGAAAAUAUGAAUUACCACCUACUCAAAGCUUUAUUUGGAUGGUAUUUUCAUGUCAGCAUAGCAGAUGAGUAGGAGAUGCUGAGUGCUUACAUGACUUCGGAUUGUAUUAUUUUACCAUUUGGUCUUGAUGAUAUGUCCACAAUGAGUCAAAGGAGAUUCUAAUUGGAGACAAAUUGUUUGCAAUGCCAAAAAUAAGUUUCCGGUCUCUUUUUCUCUUUUCAGCAAUUUUCCGUGUCGUGUUAAUUUUGUAUGGGGAGUGGCAAGAUGCUCCUCUGGAGGCUAGGUACACAUAUGUGGACUAUUUUGUGUUUUCUGAUGCUGCAACCUUAAUGGCCAAUGGAAAAUCGCCUUAUGAUUUAUGAAAGAUCAACAUAUCGGUAUUCGCCACUUAUUGCUUUUCUCCUCAUACCUAAUUCGUUUCUACAUCAUUCAUGGGGAAAAUUUCUUUUCUCAGCAUCAGAAUUUUGAAGUUACGAGGAGUUCCCGAAAAAAUAUGCACUUACACCACAAUGAUAUGGCUUUUCAACCCAUUUACCUUCACAAUUGGAACACGUGGCAACUGUGAGCCCAUCAUUUGCUCCAUGGUUCUUUGGAUCUUAAUCUGUUUGAUGAAUGAUCGUCUCUCACAGGCUGCAUUCUGGUAUGGGCUUGUUGUCCACCUGAGGAUAUAUCCAAUAAUAUAUGCACUUCCCAUCAUCUUCGUUCUUGAUCCCCUGCAUUUUCGACCAGGUAAAAAGCCCAUCCUCGUGGACUGGAAUUCUAGAUCAUCCAACUCAAAAAUAACCUAUUCCCACUAUAUUCGGAACCUUCUCACAAGCAUAUUCACUUGGAAAAGGGUCGUUUUUGGGAUUAUAUCUGCUUCCACUUUCUUCAUCUUGACCGGAUUCUCUUUCUAUUUAUAUGGAUGGGAUUUCUUGUAUGAGGCCCUACUGUACCAUCUCACGCGUACGGACCCACGCCACAAUUUCUCCAUAUACUUCUACCACAUAUACAUAAACUACGAACGCGAGUUCUCGAUUUUGGAAAAGCUGAUUGCCUUUCUGCCUCAGUUUACUGUCCAGCUGGUUCUGAUUUUCUGCUUUGCGCUCGACUUGCCGUUCUCUUUCUUUCUGCAGACACUGGCCUUUGUAGCAUUUAACAAGGUGAUAACAGCACAAUACUUGGUCUGGUUUUUUUGUCUGCUGCCUCUAAUACUGCCAUGGACUACUAUGAAGCUUAAAUGGAGAGGCCUGGCAUGCAUAUCUGUGUGGAUUGGAGCUCAAACCCAUUGGCUAAUGUGGGGUUACUUGCUGGAAUUCCGGGGCAAGAAUGUCUUUUUGCAGCUAUGGCUGGCAAGUUUGUUAUUCUUGGUUGCUAAUACUUUUGUUAUCAUCAGUGUUAUUCGUGGUCAUGUGUACUGCCCUCUCUUCAAACGGAUGAUUCUGGAAAUUCGAUGGGUUAUUGAAAGGCAGGGCUUUCAAAAUUCUCACAGCCAUUGCUACAGAGGAGCCAUGGCUGGUGCCCUGAUUUUGCUACUGCCAUUGCUAUUUCCUAGUCUUUUCACUCCUUUGAGCCAUGCUUUACCCUCUGUUCUCUCGGAAUGGAACACUCCAAAACCUAGACACUCUCGUCUACUUAAGAGUGCCCUCCAACGCCAAACUUCUGAUGAGCUACAGGCUGAUCUAUGGAGGCCUUUGGCCGACCAAGGAUGGAAACCUUGCCUCAGAUCAGUUAGUACUUCGAAAUUGCCAGAAAAAUCUGAAGGUUAUAUUCAGGUGUUCCUCGACGGAGGUCUAAAUCAGCAGAGAAUGGGUAUUUGUGAUGCAGUUGUUCUUGCUAAAAUUUUGAAUGCGACCCUCAUAAUUCCGCAUCUUGAAAUGAAUCCCGUCUGGCAAGACUCAAGCACGUUCAUGGAUAUUUUUGAUGUGGAUCACUUCAUUAACGUGUUGAAAGAUGACGUGUCUAUUAUUAAAGAGGUGCCUGAUGAAUACUUUUGGAGCACAAGAGAAUAUUACGCGACAGCCAUUAGAGCAAACAGAGUUAAAACAGCGCCAGUUCAUGCUUCGGCAAACUGGUAUCUGGACAAUGUUCUGCCUAUCCUCCAGAGUUAUGGAAUAGCUGCAAUUGCACCCUUUUCACACCGCCUGGCAUUUGACAAUAUGCCGGAGGAGAUCCAACGGCUAAGAUGUAAAGUCAACUUCCAAGCUUUGGUUUUUGUCCCUCACAUCAGGAACCUUGGCGAAGCGCUAGUUAGCCGACUCAGAUUCCCUCCGAGCAAAAGUCAAGUCAGUAGCACUGAAAAAAUUGAGUAUUCCAAAGACAAUCUAGGGGCUGGAAAAUUUGUCGUCAUACACCUCCGUUUUGACAAGGAUAUGGCUGCCCACUCAGCCUGUGAUUUUGGGGGAGGUAAAGCUGAAAAAUUGGCUCUGGCAAAAUACCGACAGGUUAUUUGGCAAGGGAGGGUUUUGAAUUCUCAAUUCACGGACGAGGAGUUGAGGAGUCAAGGGAGGUGCCCUUUGACUCCAGAGGAAAUUGGAUUGCUGCUGGCAGCUUUAGGAUUUGAUAACACGACUCGAUUGUAUCUUGCUUCUCACAAGGUGUAUGGUGGGGAAGCUAGGAUCUCGACUUUACGAAGUUUAUUUCCACUAAUGGAGGACAAAAAGAGCCUGGCAUCCUCAGAAGAAAGAGCUGCAAUUAAAGGGAAGGCUUCCUUAUUAGCUGCAGUUGAUUAUUAUGUCAGCAUGCACAGUGAUGUUUUCAUUUCAGCAUCCCCAGGAAAUAUGCACAAUGCUGUGUUGGGCCACCGAACAUAUGAGAACAAGAAGACCAUACGGCCUAACAUGGCGCUAUUGGGCCAGCUUUUCCUGAACAAGAACCUGACCUGGCCCGAUUUCCAAGAGGCAAUUAUCGAGGGUCAUAAAAACAGGCAAGGGCUGCUCAGACUACGCAAAUCAGAGCAGUCUAUAUACACGUACCCAGCUCCCGAUUGCAUGUGUAAUGCUUGAGGUCUCAUUUUUAGUGGAGCUUCCAUGUGUUUCUGCAUUUGUCUACUAUUUAAAAGAAUAAAGUUUGUUCCUCUUCCACUUGUCCAUGUCCACGACCACGACCACAUAUACGUUACAUUUAUGUUGCAAAAUUUGGGAAGCAUGACUUUGUUUUAUUACCAUAUCAUGAAUAGCGUAUAGGAUAAAUUCGUUACAUUAUGUACUCCUUAUCAUAUGGUUUUUAGUAACAUUUCAUCGAUUGUGUGAAUCAAUAUAUUCGUUCGUCUUGUGCCACAUGACUAAGAUUGCGGAGUUAUUUGUUCAAAUGGUUGUGUGCUUACUGGAUUCUUCAUAAUUAUGAUGAAAUGAGAAGAUUAAGUUUUGUUUGUUUC